AUGCUGACCUUUGGCACUCUCGCCGCCGGGCGCACCUGCCCUGCUGCCGCGGAGGGGUCGCUCGACUGCCUCUCCGCCCGCGUCGACAACAGCUGGAUCGACCAGCUCGAACCGGACCCGGAGGCACGGCCGCCAAACAAGCAGGCCCGGGAGGUGCACUCGGGCCACUACGUCAUCGUCAAGCCCACUCCACUGCCGCGGCCGUACCUCAUCGCAUGCAGCCCGGCGGUCCUCGAGCUACUGGAGAUCGCGGCCGGCGAGUGCACACCCGACACGCCGUUCGUGCGGCUAUUUGCGGGCGAUGUCGACGCGGUGGCCGGCUUUGAGCAGACCUGGGCGACGCCUUACGCGCUCUCCAUCUACGGCUCGGAGGUUCAGCCCAACGGGGCCGGCCCAACGGGCAACGGGUAUGGCGACGGCCGCGCUGUCUCGAUCGCCGAGGUCCUCACCUCUGCGGGCGCGCGGUGGGAGCUGCAGCUCAAGGGCGCCGGCAAGACGCCCUUCUGCCGCAACGCGGACGGGCGCGCGGUGCUUCGCUCCUCGGUUCGCGAGUACCUGGCGUCGGAGGCGAUGCACCACAUGGGCGUUGCGACGACGCGCGCUCUCUCGCUCGUCGGGUCGGCCGACGAGACGUGCAGCGCGACGUGGAGUGGGCGCGGCAGAGGCAUGCACGGCGGCGACCUGCACCAGCGCGAGCGGUGCGCGAUCACGACGCGCGUGGCGCGCUCGUACCUUCGCGUCGGCCACUUUGAGCUCUUCGGUCGGCGGGCGCGCAGCACAGGUUGCCCCGAGAGUAGGACUCGCAACCUCGAGCAGCUGGCGAGGCACGCGCUGUGGCGCGAGUACCCGCCGUACGAGCCGGACGCGCCGCUGCAGCCGCAGCUGCUGCGGAUGGCGAGGGAGGCGGCGGCGCGCUUCGCCGACUUGGCCGCGGCGUGGGUGCGGGUGGGCUACGCGCAGUCAAACUUCAACUCGGACAACUGCCUCGUCGGUGGCGUGACCGUAGACUAUGGCCCGUUUGGCUUCAUCGAGCCCUUCUCUCCGCGCUGGUCCAUGUGGGUUGGCUCGGCCGAGGGAGGCCACUUUGGCUUCCUCAACCAGCCGGCCGCGGCGGGACGAAACUACCGCAUCGGCGCGCGCGAGCUGCGCGCCACCAUCGACGGGUAUAGCGGCGUGGCGGACGCGGCGAUGGGGCGCAUGUGGGCGGCUAAGCUCGGGCUCGCGGCGGGCGCAGUCGCGUCGGGCCUGGCUGCAGAGCUGCUGGCGCUGAUGGAGCGGCACGGCGGCGUCGACUACACGCUGCUAUGGCGGCAGCUCGCCACGGCGCUCGAGCGCGGGAACGGCGCGGCGGGCGCGGGCGAGGUGGCGCUCCUUGGCGACGUCCUGGCGGUGGCGCUCUACGAGCCGCUGAGCGACGCGCAGGCGGACGCGUGGCAGGCUUGGCUGCGUCCAUGGCGUGGUAGCAGCGCUAUUUCACGGUCCAGAGCCGUGAACAGGUACAUCCCGCGCGAGUGGAUGCUCGCCGAGGCGUACAAGGGGGCCGAGCAGGGCAACCACACGGCGGUGCAGGCGCUGCAGGCGCUCUUCGCGCGGCCGUUCGAUGAGCAGCCAGAGUUCGAGGAGAUGUACUACCGCAGGCAGCCGGCCGGCGCGGCGCAACAGGGCGGCAUAGGCUUCAUGAGCUGA